AUGGCAAUGGAUCCUUCACAGAAUCCUACUUCACCAUUUUAUUUGCUUCCGUCUGAUAAUCCUUGUCAGAAACUAGUGAAUUUUAAGUUUGAUGGAAAUAGUACUGGAGAUUGGAAACCUUCAAUGUUGAUUAGCUUAUCAGCCAAAAAUAAGCUUGGAUUUGUUGAUGGAAGUUUGAUUAAACCUGCUGUAACUAGUGAUCUUUACCUUGCUUGGGAAAGGUGCAACAAUAUGAUCAUCUCAUGGUUGUUAGGUGUCUUAGAACAAGACAUAGCAAGGAGUGUCUUAUAUUUUAGCACAACUAGGGAGAUAUGGCUGAAUUUGGAGGAAAGAUAUGGUCAAUCCUCUUGUGCUUUACUAUACUCUUUGCAACAAGCCUUACAUGAGAUUAAGCAAGAUCAGGACAAUAUCUUAGGGUUUUACACCAAGAUAAAGAUGAUUUGA